UCUUGAUUAUUUAAUUGUUUAAUUUUAUAUUUACAAAAUAUUUAUACUAUAUUUUAUGCAUAAAGUAUAAGUAUAGUAGUGAUCUACCUGCAGUAGUGUUAUCUCCUUUGCACUUUCACUUUAAACAACUUUAAAUUACAACAAUGGAAACAAUACAGCAGUCAUUGGAGCAGAUGAUGGAGCACUUCAAUACAAGGAUGGCAGCCUUCCAGGACAACCUUGAGAAAGCCAGUGCUGCUCCAGUUACCUUGGCUUCACUUGCUACAGACUUCUCACAAUUUAAAUCCUUGAUCGGAGACUCACUGCUUAAUCUUCAACAUCAAGUUCAGGUUUUGGCACAACAACAAGAUCGCCUUGAAAUGCACAGUCGACGCAAGAUUCUGUUGUUACAUGGGAUUCCUGAAGACAGUGAUAUCAACUUGACACUUAAUGUAUCUAAGAUGUUUGCUGAGAAACUCAAGGUAAACAUUCCACUACACAGCAUAAGACGUAUUCAUCGUAUGGGUCGUGUAACCGGAGGAAAACCUCGGCCCGUCCUUGUAAAAUUUCAUGGUAUUGAGGAGCGUCAUAAAGUUUGGAUAGCGAAGACUGGAUUUAAAAGCAGUGGCAUCACAUUGUCCGAAUUUCUCACUAAAGUUAGACAUGACGCUUUUAUGAUUGCUCGGAAACACUUCGGUAUCUCCAAGUGCUGGACUCAAAAUGGUGCCGUGAUGAUCGUCGGGUCUGAUGGUAAAAAGCAUCAAGUCAGUUCAGUUGCCGAGGUUAACCGACUCAUUAAUUUGACGCAGAGUGUUACGAGCGACAAUACGACAUUCCCAGCAACUACCCAGCCCGCCAUCGCCCCGAAGACAUUGGACACGGCAGGUGUAACACGCUCCAAACGUGUUUUAAAAAAGUAAUCUCUUCCUAAGCUGAAUAAGUGGUUGUGGUGGCAGUAUUAUUCACGUGUGGUCUUUCUUAUUCUCAAAAUUCUGUGGGUAGGUAAAUUUCGUAGGUAGCACACUAUAUAACAUUUGUUUUU